AUGAGAUUCAAGGCUAAAGGCUUAUUUGCAGCAAUCUUAUCUCUUCUGGUGCUUUGGUCGCUUUGCAAAGUGUAUCUUUCAGGUCCCAGUCGAAAAAAGUCCCGACACACCCGGCCCCCGAAACCUGGCUGGAUGAAACCUAACUACUACAAAAAGGGAGACAAUGUCGACAUACUGGUCAAUAAGGUCGAAUCCGAUCGUUUUAGUGUCCCCUACGGCUAUUACGACCUGCCUUUCGUGUGUCCGCCGUCCGAGGGCAAGAAACCGCUUCAUUUGUCGCUCAACGAGGUCAUCAAUGGUGACCGCAAGUGGGAAAGCGACUACAAACUGCGAUUCGGCAUCGAUGUAGAAUGUGAGAGACUAUGCGAUCGCAAAACGCAACCAGAAGCUUUGAAAAAAGCAGACGCCCUAAUUCGCCAAGGCUAUAAUGCACAUUGGCUCAUAGAUCGCGACAUGCCAGCGGCCACCACCUUUAUUAAGGCACGCAACGGGAAGAAAUUCUAUUCAGAGGGUUUCCCCAUAGGCACUGUUGAUACCAAAUCAGGGAAAACGUACCUGCAUAAUCACGUCAUGCUGGUGGUACGAUACCACACGGCAGACAUUAAUAAGCAUACAAUCGUGGGAUUCGAAGUCUACCCAAAAUCCACGAUUGACUACCAUUGUCCAGGAGGGUCCAAAGACUACAAGCAUUACGAGAUAAAUACCGAUGAAAAGGACACUACAUUCAUACCGUUCACAUAUUCCGUUUAUUGGCGUGAGGAGUUCCACAACGAUUGGUCACAUCGUUGGAGUUUCUUCAUGACAGGCGACAAGCCUGAUGCAUCCAAUUUCUCAAAAUCAUUUAACUGGUUCUACUUGAUCAAUAGCAUGAUUGUUCUAAGCCUGAUGUCCUUAAUCGUUGCCGUUAUUGUCGCAAAAGUUCGUGACGACGGAACCACAAGGUCUUUGGCUUCAUCAUGGAAAUCAUACCCAUCUCAGUUUCUGCUCAUUCUAAAUUUGGCGACAGCCAUUGGUGUUCAGUUUCUGUUCGCCCUUUUGGGUGCACUAAGCAUUUCCUGUUCAUUGAGCAAGUUCCACGAUAUCAUAAGCGGGGUGAUUUCCAUAGCUUUAGUGUGUUUUGUGCUGAGCGCGUACGCUUCUUCUGUUUUGGGCACUCUGUUGGCACCAGGACCACAAGCCACUCUAGGUGUUUCGGUAAUUUCUGGCUGCACAUUGCCUGGUGUCACUCUGGGUGCCGUGAUGUUACUAAACAGUAUUAUUUGGGCUAAGGACUCUACCGACGCUUUGCCCUUCAGAACAGUCGUCAUAAUUGCGGCAUGUUACUUUGUCGUGUGCGGUCCAAUUUCAAUUCUAGGUGGUCUGACCGCGAGAAAAUUGAGGGCUACAGCACACAAAACCACUGCAGAAAAACAAUUUCCUCUACAGUUCCUUACCGCCAUGCAUUAUGAGAAACAAGAGGCAAAUCAGACUCACAAGAACAAAGCCUUGCCGGAAUUUUUGUCCAAUCCGGUUAUUCUUGCAAUAAUUUGCGGAUUUCCGCCUUUCAUAUUAAUUUGGUUCCAGGGUUUGACAGUUUACAGAUCUUCGUGGCUAAAAACUGCCACUUUUCACUCCCUUUAUGGAUUUAUUCUUUUCAACAUCGUUUCACUAUGCGUAGCAGUCAUUGAAGUUUCGAUGGUGGUUUGUUGCCUUCUGAUUCUUUACGGUGAAUCGGGGGAUUCCGAUGGAUCCGACCAACUUCUACAUGGCGAUUUUGUGAGUUUUGAUCAGAAACUCAGGGGUUUCUUUAAAGGACGUUCAUCUGCUACAGACUUGAAAAGACUCCUCAGAAAUCUUGUUCGUGACCUUGCUGCACGAAUGACAAUGGCCUCCUCUGGCUGGAGGUGGAAAUGCUUCUUGGCCGGAAGCAGUGUAGCGUGGUAUCUUGAGGCGUAUGCACUGUACUAUUCGAUGUUUGUGCUCCGCUUAAGGGACUUUUCCUCCAUAUUACUCUUCACCUGUUACACUGCUCUCUUCAACUUCAUGUGCUGGUGUGCAUUUGGGUCACUGGGAUACCUUUCAUGCCUGUGGCUCCUCAGCUACGUUUCAAGAAUAUGUAAAUCCCGAUGA